CACUGGAGACCUGCAAGAAUGCCCGUCUAUUUUUGAAAAAAAAAAAAAAUCUUGAGUUGCCACGUACGGUUUAUCAAACUUUUCACAAUGUUUGGAAAAUCUUUUGUAAUCCUACUUUUGUUGGUGAUCCCAGGAGAAGCAAAGAAGUCAUUUCUCAGUUUCCUGAAUAUACAAAAUUCAGAAAUACUGUCAUUUACAAAGACAAAGGAAGCUGUCAUCGUAAGGUCCAGUUACAAGGACAAACGGCCGGACUCCAGCUACCUUUUUGUGAAGGUAGAAGAUCCAAAGGUGCUGCAGGUGGUCAACUUGACCAAGACCUCGCGGGACGCCACAGACUUUACCCUCAGCCUAAUGACUUUCCCUGGGGAGACGAACAUGACCAUUCAGCUCUGGACUUCUGAAGGUAGGCACAAAAGACUCAUUGAAGAGAUAACAGAUGUUAAAGUCAGAGUGCUCGGACAGACGGAAGACAGCCUCUUCCAGGCACCAGUGCAUGUCAAUCAGUAUAUCUUACUGCUUGUUUUAUCGAUGAUCCUUUUAAAUAAAUGUGCCUUUGGCUGCAAGAUAGAGUUCCAGGUACUUCAAACCGUAUGGAAACGACCUCUGCCAGUAGUUCUCGGGGCAGUGACACAGUUUUUUCUGAUGCCAUUCUGUGGUUUCUUUUUGUCUCAGAUUUUGGGAUUGCACGAAGCACAAGCUUUUGGAUUUGUAAUGACCUGCACAUGCCCAGGAGGAGGUGGGGGCUAUCUUUUUGCCCUACUUCUGGAAGGAGAUGUCACUUUGGCCAUUUUGAUGACUUGCACAUCGACAUCCCUGGCCCUGAUAAUGAUGCCUGUCAAUUCUUACAUAUACAGUAGGCUAUUGGGGUUAGCAGGUGUCUUUCAUGUUCCUGUUUUAAAGAUUGUGUCUACACUCCUGUUCAUUCUUACACCAGUAUCAAUUGGUGUGGUCAUCAAGCACAGAUCACCUGAAAGAGCAGUCUGUUUAGAGAGAGUAGUUCGGCCUCUGAGUCUGACUUUAAUGUUUGUAGGGAUCUAUUUGGCUUUCAGGAUGGGACUGGUGUUUCUGAGAAUGGCUAACCUAAACGUGCUUCUUUUGGGGCUUUUGGUUCCUGCACUGGGCUUUAUGUUUGGCUAUUUCUUUGCUAAAGUCUGUAUGCUGCCUCUUCCUGUUUGCAAAACGAUUGCUAUUGAAAGUGGGAUGUUGAAUAGUUUCUUAGCCCUGGCCAUUAUUCAGCUCUCUCUCCCACAGCUCAAGGCAUAUGAAGCCUCUGUGGCUCCUUUUACAGUAGCCAUGUGUUCUGGAUGUGAAAUGUCCCUGCUCUUUCUGAUCUACAAGGGUAGGAGACUAGGAAGCCUUAGCACAGAAGCUGAGAAAGCUCCCCUAGUCUAGAACUCGCAGCACU